AUGAGCAGGAAUGAGCUUCUGAUUACACAGAAAGAGGUGCAUGAUUUACGAGCCGCAAAUGAGAAGGAAAAGAAAAAACGUAAAAGGUCUAGAGCUCAGAUAUCUCAUGAAGGAUCUCUUACAGCGCAGGAAGCCCAGGAGCUAAUAGGCAGUCGGAAUGAGGCAUCUCAACCUAUCCCGACUGCACCUCUCAACCACGCCUACGAGCGCCACCGAAGUGCAGUGGGUGUGGAAUUAUCGGGCAUAAAAUUAAUCGAUGUCCAAAUCGUACUACUAGUUAAAAAAUUAGCGCGUUUUCCGGAGAAAGUGAUCGGGUGGGUGUCCGAUUACGUUAUUUCUCGCGAUAAUUAA